GCGGCCGGGAGGCGCAAUUCCCUGCGCCGGGUGGUGGCGGGCUCCGCGUGGGCAUCGCCAGGCGGCAGGCCAGGGUCUGUCCCGGGCUGAGUCGGGGCGCCCACGGGCCGCCCUGCCUCCCCCGGAGCGGAGGGGCCCGGAAGGGGGGCCUGCGGAGGCCCAGCCGGGCUGGAGGCGCCCCGGCGCUCCCUUGGCCGCCCGCGGGGAGCCAGAGAUUGUUGGAGCGGAACUACUGAGCAAAAGCAGACCUUGGAACUGAAGGGUUGUCAUCGAGUUUGCAAUCAGAUUGGAAAAGCUGGACUUGAAGUCUUCUGCCUGCAGUGAGGCAGAGCGGUCCAUUUUGCUCACAUAACGAAAGACAUGGGCUUCCACAUGACUUUCUACCUAUCCUACAAAUUCCGGUUACUGUUGCUGUUUACUUUAUGCCUGACAGUGGUCGGGUGGGCCACCAGUAACUAUUUUGUGGGUGCUCUUCAAGAGAUCCCUAAAGCCCAAGAUUUCAUUGCUAAUUUCAAUAAGGUCAUAGUUUUGGGAAAGAAAGAAACUCUGACUGAUGAAGCGUCUGUGAAAAAACCAGAUCUUGACAAUUGCCCUUCUGUGUCACCAUACCUCAGAGGUCAGGACAAGCUCAUUUUCAAACCAGAUCUUACACUGGAAGAAGUGCAGGCAGAAAAUCCCAAAGUGCACAGAGGCCGGUAUCACCCUGAGGAAUGUAAGGCUUUGCAGCGGGUUGCCAUCCUCAUUCCACACCGAAACAGAGAGAGACACCUGAUGUACCUGCUAGAACACCUUCAUCCCUUCUUGCAGAGACAGCAGCUGGACUAUGGCAUCUACACCAUCCACCAGGCUGGAAGUAAAAAGUUUAAUCGAGCCAAACUCUUGAAUGUGGGCUAUAUAGAAGCUCUCAAGGAUGAAAAUUGGGACUGCUUUAUAUUCCACGAUGUGGACCUGGUGCCUGAGAACGACUUGAACCUUUACAAGUGUGAGGAUCAGCCCAAGCACCUGGUUGUUGGCAGGAACAGCACUGGCUACAGGUUACGUUACAGCGGAUAUUUUGGGGGUGUUACUGCCCUAAGCAGAGAGCAGUUUUUCAAGGUGAAUGGAUUCUCUAACAACUACUGGGGCUGGGGAGGCGAAGACGAUGACCUCAGACUCAGGGUUGAGCUUCAUAGAAUGAAAAUCAUCCGGCCAAUGCCUGAAGUGGGUAAAUAUACAAUGAUCUUCCACACUAGAGACCAAGGCAAUGAGGUGAAUAUAGAACGGUAAGUCCUCACAUGCCGGCAAGCUGCCUACUUAGUUUGUCCUGUCAGGACUCUGCCGAAUCCGAUCAGAUGAGCAAGUUUAUUGUGUUCAAAGCUUUUUAUUAAGGUAAUUUUUGAGACAGAAGUAGAGGGAAUGGUAUAUUGCACCCUCAUGUAUCCCAGACCCAGUUUCAACAGUUAUCAAUUCAUGGCCUCUCUUCUUUCUCCCACUUUUUUCUUCCUCUUCCACUGGCUUAUGUAGAAACAGGUCAUAUAUCACAGCAUUUCAUGUGUAAAUACUUCAGUAUGUAUC